AUGACAGUAGACCCGUCCAACUGGUAUGAAGACAUCCCUGUAGCUGACUUCCGUGAUAUCAAUGAAAAAUCAGGCUCCAAUGUUCCCUCAGAACUUCCUCCAUCUGAGCCCGUUGGCGGGGUACAAAUUCAGGCUGGUCCCAUUUUAAGGUUGGCAGGAACUCUCGAAAACGGUAGCAAUAAUUAUCGCGGUUCGAUCCUUUUGGUGGUUAAGGGGCUGUCUGAAACGACACAAAUUCCAAGGGUAACUUUCAAUAUUGGCCCUUCAACUUUAGCCCCACAUGAAAAUCCACAAAUAGGCAAUGGUGAAUUUCCCGGUGUGAAUUUCCACUCAGAAAAAAACUUCCACUUUUUCCGUUAUGCCAUUGACCUCUCGUUAGCUGCUCAUGAACAAACUGUGCGCUACUCCAUCAAUGGCACUUCCAAGUCACAGUACCAAUUUUUCAUUCCUGCUGAAUCGCAGUCUAUGAAUGUGGUCUCGUUCUCGUGCAAUGGUUUCUCUUUGGGUACAGACACCUCGGGGUUCAAGUCGUCUCUCUGGUUUGAUGUUUUGAACAAGCACCAGAAACAGCAUUACCAUGUUAUGCUUGGUGGUGGAGACCAAAUUUAUGCUGACUCGAUCAAAAAGCAUUCGAAAUCGCUUCAAAAAUGGCUUAAUCAGUCCAGUCACCAAAAGAAGAGAGAGAUGAAGGCUACUGCUGAAGAUAUUGAGGAUUUUGAAAAUUACUAUCUCAACCAUUACUUGGCAUGGUUUGGUAAGGGUUAUUGGGUUGGUACUAACGGUAAAACACUCCAAUCUCUCUUUCCAACUGCCAUGUCUAUGAUUCCCUCCGUCAAUAUUUACGAUGAUCACGAUAUCAUUGAUGGAUUCGGAUCCUAUGACGAUAGGACUAUGGGACAGCAUUUCUUCCUGACGGUCGGUAAUGUUGCCUACAAGUACUACAUGCUCUUCCAGCACCAAAUGUCACCUGAAGAAAAGAGUCACACUUCGGAUCCUUCGUGGAUUUUGUCUGACAAGCCUGGUCCUUUUAUCCAUCAGCUUAACCAUUCGGUUUACUUGAGAUUAGGUAAAGAGAUAUCGAUGGUGGGUGUUGAUUGCCGUACCGAGCGGAAAUUCGACCAAGUCGUUGCAAAUGCUUCGUACAAAAAAAUCUUUGCCCGUUUGGAACAGGAAAUUCAAGCUGCACCCGAAGUGAAACAUCUCUUGGUGAUGUUGGGUGUUCCAAUUCUCUAUCCUCGACUCGUGUGGCUCGAAAAGCUUCUCACUUCUUCACUUUUGAAACCAGUGAGAAAGCUUGCUGAGCGUGGUGUAAUCAACAAAGGUUUGGUCAACGAGUUCGACGGUGGUGUUGAGGUCCUUGAUGACCUUAAUGAUCAUUGGUGCUCAAAAAACCACAAGCGUGAAAGAAACUAUUUGGUUAGAGAACUUAUCGAGUUUGGCGCCAAGCAUGGUGUUCGUAUUACUCUUCUUUCUGGCGAUGUCCACUUGUGUUGUAUUUCUAGAGUCAAGUCAAGGUCCCAUCAUCUCCCUGGUGCUCAUAUACUCACUGGCACUGAGAAGGCCAAACAGGAAAACUUUAAUAUUGUUGAACGUCCAGAAGAGGACCCUCGUCUUAUUUUCAACGUGAUCUCUUCUGCUAUCACGAAUGCACCACCCCCCGAUGCCAUGGCUUCCUUACUUAACAAGAGACUGGGAAUUCACCACUUUAAUACUCACACGGAUGAGGAUGUGGUGCCUCUAUUCACCAAAGAUCCUGAUGGUAGCUCUAGAGACAACCAUCAGUUCCUCAAUAAGAGAAACUGGGCCGAUUUAGUGGUGGCUACUCAGUCUACUGUCAAGGCUCAAAUAGGUGAAAAGCGCUUCCCCGGUCCAGUGGGCACUCAAAUUGAGGGCCAGGUUGAUAAUAGGCACACCAAGUACCCGGUUUUGGCCGAUAGUCUUGUAACUACAUUGCAUGUUGAAGAUGAUCCAUGUGACUUUGACUGUAAGACCGCUGGCUACGAAGUGUUGAUUCCACCAUUGACGCAAAAGUAUAAGCUUGAUCGUGUUCCCAUCAAGCACUUGACUUGA